UUAUUCAAUGCAUGACAUGUUCAUUUAGGAGUGCGCGCAAAUUAAUUCGCUUCACUCGUUCACUGCGUCGUUGCACGAAGCAUCAAGAAAUCUGCAGUUCGAAGCUUUCCUGUCGAUCUUUCCUCAAGCAUCACCUACAGGUAAAACCGUGACAAUGAAAACCAGGAUUGUCUUUCUUUUCACCUUACUUGCCUUGGCUCCGAUUAUCCAUGGCCGUCACACGUCCUUGAACCGGUACAACAAACUCGACGAGCCUAAGCUCAUGGAAUCCGAAGAGCUCGAGGAACUGGAAGAUCCGGGAGAAUUCAAAGAUCCCGAGGAAUUCGAAGAUCCCGAAGAAUUCGAAGAUCCCGAAGGCCCUCCACCUGAGGAGUCUGAGGAGUCUUCUGCAGAGGAGCCUUCAGAAGGAGGAGUGUGCAGUGUUGAGGCAGAGGAUCGCAACGAUUGCGGAUGGGUCGGCAUCGAUGAAGCCACCUGCGAAGGCAGAGGUUGUUGCUAUGAUGAAACAGUUUCGGAUGUAGCGUGGUGUUUCUAUCCAACCGAUAACAAAUGCUAUGGUAUUGACCCAGAGGAAAGAGAAGACUGUGGUUACAUUGGGAUACAACGAGACGAAUGUGAAAACGAAAAAGGUUGUUGCUUUGAUCACACUGUGCCAAAUGUUGCAUGGUGCUUCAAGGGAAGUGAGUCACAAACCGAACGAGAGAUGGAAUCUGACACUCCUGGCGACACAUGCGAUGUCGAAGCUGAGGAUCGCAAUGAUUGUGGAUGGUACGGCAUCGACGAGGCUACUUGCGAGGCCAGGGGCUGCUGCUACGACGACACUACGCCAAAAACAAAGUGGUGUUUCUACCCAACAGACAACAAAUGCUAUGGAAUUGAGCCAAAGAAACGGGAAGACUGUGGAUACCUUGGUAUUCAGCGUGAGGAAUGUGAGGACGAAAGGGGUUGCUGCUUUGAUCACACUGUACAGGAUGUACCCUGGUGCUUCAAGGGCACUGGACCAGUGACUGUGGCGCCACCUAAAGUAGAAACUCAGGAAGGAUCUGCAGAAGCCUCUGGGGCUUAGCUAGGACUGAUCAAUCCUCAGUCAGUCGGCUACUUGGGCAUACAGUUAAUUUUCAGUUUUUCCUUUAAUGUAAACUAUAGCCUUAGAGUCAAUCUUAACUAACUUUUUGCAUCCAGUCUACGCUCCGAGAGCUUCGCAUCUGAUCGACAUCCAUAUGAUGCAGCAUAUGCGUUGAUUUACUUCUCUGUGAGCAGCAGUGUAGUGGCGAGUUCAAAUAUGGCUUUCAAAUAGUUGCUUUGCUGUCAUACAACUGUGAAGCAGGUUCAUCAGCAAAAGAGUGUACGACAUUUUCCUAGAAUUUCGUUUCUACCGUAAUAGCUGUUAACGCAUGUUUGACAUAUUAAGUCUGUAUACAUAAAAUGCAUACCUGUAAUAUUUAAAAACUUUGGUUCCCUAUCAACUGCGGAACUUUUUCUUUAGCUAAAUAAAUUCUACUAAAGAUUG